UACAGGUCAUCAAGGCUUCCAGGAAAUGACAGUACCUCCAAAGAACAUUGAAGAAUUUUUAAAGUUUCAAAAUUUGGAUUAUUGGCCAAGGGAAGUCCUUUUUAGAGAUGAUGAUAAAUGGGCAUGCAUUGUGAAUAAGAUAAAAGAAGAUAGUUCAUUUUCUACAAUUUAUACACAUCUGUGGGAAAAGGUCCCUCGAAAAUAUGAUGCAAUCAUGAUCAUAGAGUCAAGAAUACAGGAAUGUUCGAUUCUUUUGGAAAAACAUGCCUCUAAAAUAUUUGAGUGGGACAAUGUAAUUUAUGGAACAGGUUCUCAAGAAAAAGUGGAAAAAUACAAGGCAUUUCUAAGGAAGUACCAUAAGAAAAAGAUGAUAACGCUAUCUGGUGAAAUGGAGACAAAGAAGAAUAUAGAGGGUUGCAACUUCUCAGGAUUCAAAUCAAAUGAGCUUACUCAACUACCCAGACACUUGGAUGCUGAACGAAUUUUUCUCUUUAUUUUGAAAGUCCAUAACUUUGAUGAAAAAGUUCUUAAAAUCUGGAGGCCUCAUUUUCUCUCAGAAGCCUCUAUUGCUCUUUUGCAUGAUUCCUUUUGGUGGUGGUUUCUCCAUAAAUUUAAGCCCGACAGAGAAAAUCAAGAUUUCUUGUUUGAUAGGAUUUCAGAAAGUUACGUGACACUUUUUGUAAGCAUACCUCUAAGUCAAAAGGAUGCAUUCUUUCAGGUGUAUCCUGAUUGUUUGGCACAAGCUAUCUAUGCAACAUUUCAGGAAGCAUUUCCAGAAUCCAGUCAUCUCUUUAAUGAUGAAUUUAAAGAAGAUCUAGGGAAUAACAUUUUUCUUUGGUUGUCAGGUUUGAAACCUCAAAAAGACUUUUGGACCCACUGGAAACUGAAAGAACUAUCCACAAAAACCAUACAUGGUACCAUGAAAGCACCUUCAAAUUCCAUAAAGGCGAGGAUAGAAAGAAGUCAAGAGCGCAUAUCCGAUUCUAUUGACUUCAAUAUGAUGAAAAUUUUAAAGAUCCCAGCAACAUAUACCACAACCAAGGAAGAAUCAAAAUUAUUAAGACCAACAACAAAGUCCCACUAUAGUAGCACUGGUCCAGAGUUUAACCGUGUGCUCUUCAACUUUGGAGGUCAGAGUCCACUGAUUUUAUAUUAUCUUAAGAUGCAUGAGCUAGCUGGUAUUCCCAAAGCCUCUAGGCGAAGCAAGAUUAAGUUCACUGAAAUAUCACGAGAACCACCACCUGCUCUGACUUACCGUGAUAUUAUAAAGGAGGCAAAGAGACAAUUUGCAAGGAACCAAAAGGAAUUUAGGGUGGAACAGCGCAGAAUUAAUGACGAAAUCAAACUCCUAAGAGAGCGGCAGGAAAGAAUUGACAAGGAGCUUGAUAGACUCCAAGCAAAGGCUACCAAGAAGCCUUAUGAAGUUGCGAAUGACUUUAAGAAGUUCAUACAUAACAUGCGAUGUGAAGAGCAAGUUGAGAAAGAAUUUCUGGCGUCAUUGUCAUCAUCAUCGUCAAGAGAAGACGUCAACCUGGAGGAGGAGUACUGA